UGUCCGCCUCAGCGGGCGGGAAGAUGAGGCGGGGGAUCGCGCUCCGUCGCGUGAGGCAAAGCCAGGCCCGUUGACGCCCCUCCCCCCCCCCGCGAGGGGUCCCGAAGGCCUCUGAGGCGGGAUGGAGCCCACCGGGCCUCGGGGCCCGGCUGGAGUCGUCUCCGGCCCGCCUGCGGGGCAACCCCGGGAGUACAAACUGGUGAUGUUGGGCGCCGGCGGGGUCGGGAAAAGCGCUAUGACCAUGCAGUUCAUCAGCCAUCGUUUCCCGGAAGACCAUGAUCCCACCAUUGAGGAUGCUUACAAAAUGCGGAUCCGGAUUGACGACGAACCUGCUAAUCUGGAUAUAUUGGACACUGCAGGCCAGGCCGAAUUCACUGCUAUGAGAGACCAAUACAUGCGAGCCGGCGAGGGGUUUAUUAUCUGUUACUCCAUCACGGACCGCCGAAGUUUUCAUGAAGUCCGGGAAUUUAAACAGCUCAUCUACCGUGUCCGGCGUACGGAUGAGACUCCGGUUGUUUUGGUCGGCAACAAGUCUGACCUGACUCAACUCAGGCAGGUAAAAAGACUUGAAACGCAGACAAGAUUUACCAGUAGUCCUCGGCCGAUGGCCACGAUGUGAGCCCCAGAUUUCUCUUGCGAAGCGAGACGUUAAGUGAAUUUUAUUGUCAUUUUAUGACCUUUCCUGCCACAGUUAUUAAUCAACGUGGUUCUUAAGUUAGUCACACGGUUGCUAAGUGAAUCUGGCUUCCCCAUUGACUUUGGCCGGUCAAAAGGUCGCAAGUGGGGAUCACGAGAUCCCCGGGACCGUCAUAAAUACAAACCAAGUGUCUUGCGUUUUGAUCACAUGACCGUGGGGGAUGCUGCAACCGUCGUCAGUGUGGAAAACGGCCCUAAGAUACUUUUUUUCAGUGCCGUUGUAACUGAACGGUCACUAAAUGAGUGUUGUAAGUCAAGGACUAGCUGUACCACUUGUGCAUCAGAGCAACAUGGUUGGCAUAAAUCAGGUAUUCCUAGCUGUUCUGGCACAUAGAUGUAUCAAAAUUCUUGAAAAGUCAUUCUAUUUCCAAUGAAAAUACUAGUGUCAAGACUCCGACAUGCACCCCCAUUCAGAUCAUAAGUCUCUAGCCACA